AUGGAAUUGGCAUUUAUUGAUAAUAUUGAUUUGAACAGCAGCAAAAACAUUGACAUCGCGUUGCGAAAAAUAACAUGCGAAGAGGAAAAACUUAGCCGCAACUUAGAUGUUCUCCUGGCGAAACAAUGUAAAAUUGAAGCAAACAUGGCCGGAAUAAAUAAAGGCAUUAUCAAGAUGAAAAGCAUUAUUAAUGAUACCAAAAAGCUUGACUGCCAAAUAUCACACACGGCUAACUUAGCAACGUCAGUAAGCGCGAAGGUUCGGCGAUUAGACUUGGCUCGCAGUCGCGUUUCCGAAAGUCAACGAAGGGUACAUGACUUGAUCGAUUUGCAACUAUGUGGUCAAGGCGUUUCAACGGCAAUAGUUGAAGAAGACUAUGAAGUCGCUGCCGCUCACAUUAGUCGAUUUUUGGCAAUGGAUUUACAGUUACUUAAACGUACGGCAGAUGAUGUUCAAGGUUCUGAGAGUACAAUAAGCGAAUCUGUGCGAAUAUUGGAAUGUGGUGCAAGUGAAAUGCGAGAAAUAGCGGUUCGCCGAUUCGAGGAUGCAGUGAAAAAAGAUGAUUUGGCAUCAGUUGAACGAUUUUUUAAAAUAUUCCCCUUAUUAGGCCAUCACAUGGAAGGCAUAGAAAAAUUCUCGAAGUACAUAUGUUCUAAAUUGACAACGAAAAAUCAAAAGGAACUACGGAAUUCAAUGGAAAUUGCGAAAGCUGAUAAACGAGUUCAUUUAGCCUAUGCAGAUGCAAUGACAUCCUUGCUUGAAAACUCGGCGCGUGUAAUAGAAGUUAAUCAACCUAUAGUUGAUGCAUACUAUGGACACGGAUACUUAUUGGAAAUGUUAAAAAUUUUACAACGACAGUGCGAUAUCGAUGUUAAAAAUUUAUUAACAGAGUUUUUUAAAAAUCGUCAAAUUGAUAAAAGGAAACAGCAAAUUAACGAAGUUUUCUCUCGUAAUUCUUCGAAUACAAUUUCAUCAUCACCACACAUUGGACACUAUCGAAUGAACUCAGGAGGAUCGAUAGAUAAACUAAAUCCAAAGGAUAUCGAUGGAACGAUUGCCGAAAUAACAGUAAUGCAUUCUAGAAUUGAGUUGUAUUUUCGAUUUAUGAAAAGGCGUGUUGCGUUGGAUAUCGAAGAAGUCUCUGACGAAAGAUCGCUUAUUAAUGAUAAACUAGAAAACUUAAAUAAGUUGCUUCAAAAUUCCGAUUUAAGACGUCAAGCUCAAGAACUACUGGGAACCUAUCUGCUAUUCGAAAGGUAUUUCAUGGAGGAGAGUGUUUUGAAAGCUAUCGCAUUGGAUGUCCAUGAUAGUGGACAACUGUCAUCUUCGAUGGUUGACGAUGUAUUUUUUAUUCUACGAAAAUCAAUAAGACGGUCUUUAACAACAAUGUCUGUCAAUGGCACGUGUGCAGUUAUUAAUAAUGCAGCAGCGUGUCUAGACAACGAUUUUGUAAAUGCGUUAAAAAGUCAUUUACAACAAGGAUAUCCUUCGGGGUAUAUAGAUUUGGCUCAAGCCUACAGCGCUAUACAAAACACUUUACAACAAGGUAAAAUACAUUCCAGUGAUAACGAAAAGGCUCGUCUACAUUUUCUAGUAUACUUGAACAAUGCGGAUAUUUCAACCGAAUAUAUUGAUACUUUAUGGAAAACAAUGGACCUAGAAAUUUCCGGAGCAUAUCCUUCAAUGACAACAGUGGAAAAGCAAUUGAUAGAAAGCUGUCUUUCCGAAUUGAAAUCGGUUCGAGAUACUUUAAAAGCGUGUGUUGACUUUGGAAUGCAACAACUGAGGUCCAGUGCGAUCAAUCCGCGACUUCAUCCGUGGGUUGACCAAUAUCUUAGCUAUAAGCAUCAACUGACGGAGGAAGAAUUAGCGGCAUAUGAGGCUGGGGAAACAUUUAUACAAUUUCUUAUUGUUCAAAUUGAUGGAUUGCUGAACACAUUCAAACAAUGCUUAACAUCCCGGAACUACGAUGCUCUUAUUAGUAUUGUUGCCUCGGAAUUGACAACGAGGCUAGAACGAGCGAUCAAGAAGUGUGUUUUUAACCGAUUGGGUGGAUUAGUGCUGGAUCAGGAAGUUCGUGCCCUAGGUGCAUAUCUUGCAAGUGCGACGUCUUGGUCUGUCCGAGAUAAGAUGACUCGAUUGACACAAAUAGCCACAAUAUUGAAUUUAGAAAAAGUUUCAGAAAUCAACGAAUAUUGGAAUCCCCAGCAUUCUUCAGAGCUUACUACGUGGCGUAUAUCAGAAAACGAAGUAAAAUCUAUUCUAACACUAAGGAUUGAUUUCCGAAUGGAGGACAUAAAACGUAUUAAGUUGCAAUUAUUACUAGGUGCACCAUCAGUACCAUAUCCCAUGGUAUCUCUAUUCGAAUCUAGUUUUCGCAAAUCUGUCAUCACCACACUCUAUAAUACGAACCGUAUUUCAAACUCGUUUGUUAAACGCAAAGGAAGCGAAGCAUCCAAUUGUCCUUCUCUCGACGAUGUUAAUGUAAGCCUGGAGAGGCAGUCGGAUCUUCUCCACAAUCUUCUAGAGGAAACCGGCUCCUUCCGCCUUAGUCAGGAGAGCAUCCCAAAUCAGCUCUUGGAUGACUCACCCUUGUCGGACGAGGAUGACAUCAUGGAAACUACGGUGAUAAACACAGUAGCAACCAUGGUGUCUCCUCUAAAGCAAGGAGGGUCCUCACAGUUGCUGACUAGGGAAGUAAACCCUGGCGAGGUUGAGAAUCUCGACUCGAUCUCCACGGCCUGCAGUGAUGUCGCGAGACUACUCAGGCAGUUGGCUGUCGAAACAGAUGCUGGCACUGAUGAGAACCCCAUCGUUAAGAUGGUUGACACAUCAGUACCAUUAUCUGCUAGAUAA